UGCACUGACGUCACUUCCUCCUGAACUUUUCUCGCUGCCGAGAAGGAGCAGCGCGUCUCGAGGCUCCGCGCGUCUCCGCGAACAGCAGAAGCAGCAGCAACAGCAAAACAAAAAAAACCUCAAAAAAAUAAAAAACAACAAAAAAAUAGCAAAACCCCCCGAAUAAAAACAUAAAAAUUUCCCCGCGGAGCUGUGCCGAACACGCAGCUCGUAACGCCGCAGCCGCCAGUACCGACAAGAAGACGACGCAACCGCCAUUAGCCAUGAACCCCGCCGGACCCAGCUACCCCAUGGCCUCGCUCUACAUCGGCGACCUGCACCCCGACGUGACGGAGGCCAUGCUCUACGAGAAGUUUUCUCCCGCGGGGCCCAUCCUCUCCAUCCGCGUGUGCCGCGACAUGAUCACGCGCCGCUCGCUCGGUUACGCCUACGUCAACUUCCAGCAGCCGGCCGACGCCGAGCGGGCGCUGGACACGAUGAACUUCGACGUGGUCAAGGGGAAGCCCAUACGCAUUAUGUGGUCACAGAGAGAUCCGUCGCUGAGGCGCUCGGGCGUCGGAAACAUCUUCAUCAAGAACCUAGACAAGUCGAUCGACAACAAGGCCCUGUACGACACCUUCUCAGCCUUUGGGAACAUCCUAUCGUGCAAGGUGGUGUGCGACGAAAACGGCUCAAAGGGCUACGGGUUCGUGCACUUUGAGACGCAGGAAGCAGCGGACAAGGCCAUUGAGAAGAUGAACGGCAUGCUUCUCAACGACCGAAAAGUGUUUGUGGGGCGGUUCAAGUCACGAAAGGAGCGAGAGGCAGAGUUUGGAGCGAAAGCACGCGAAUUCACUAACGUCUACAUCAAGAACUUCGGGGAUGACAUGGACGAUGAGCGACUACGCGAGUACUUCGAGCAGUACGUUGGGAAGACCCUGAGCGUAAAGGUGAUGAUGGACGAAGGUGGAAAGUCCAAGGGCUUUGGGUUCGUGAGUUUCGAGCGACACGAAGACGCGCAGAAGGCGGUGGACGAGAUGAACACCAAAGAGUUGAAUGGUCGCGCCAUAUAUGUGGGGCGCGCGCAGAAGAAGGCGGAGCGGCAGACUGAGCUGAAACGCAAGUUUGAGAUGCUCAAGCAGGAGCGCAUGAGCAAAUACCAGGGAGUGAACUUGUACGUGAAGAACCUCGAUGACAACAUCAACGACGAGCGUCUGUGGAAGGAAUUCUCCCCCUUCGGCACAAUUACUAGUGCCAAGGUAAUGAUGGAGGAGGGCCGCAGUCGGGGCUUUGGCUUCGUGUGCUUCUCAUCACCCGAGGAGGCCACUAAGGCUGUGACAGAGAUGAACGGCCGCAUCAUCGGCUCCAAGCCACUGUAUGUGGCGCUGGCACAGCGCAAGGAGGAGCGCAAGAUGCACCUGACAUCACAGUUCAUGCAGCGCUUGGCCGGCAUGCGUGCCGUGCCGCCCAGCGCCAUCAUCGGACAGUACCAGCCGGCCGCAGCAUCCGGAUACUUCAUGGCGGCCAUGCCACAGCAGGCCCAAGGCCGCACGGCGUACUACACACCAAGCCCGAUGGCGCCCAUGCGGCCCAACCCCCGUUGGCCCCUGCAGGUGCGGCCACAAGGAGCGCACGCAGCAGGCUUCCAGGCGAUUACCGGUCCCAUGAGGCAGCCAGCGCCACGACCGACACAAAUGCGCACGGUGAACCCAGCGAGCGUUCCCCAGGUUCCACGGGCGUCACAGGGCAUGAUGCCGCGCCCCACAUUCCCGACCCAGGCAGCCGGGCCACGCGCUCUGCCAGGCUACAAGUACACGGGCAGCGUGCGGAACCCGCAGCAGCCCGGGGUGCAGGGCCCUGGCGCCAUGCAGCAGGCCCCUCAGUCAGCCGUGCACAUCCAGGGCCAAGAGCCGCUCACCGCCUCCAUGCUGGCCGCUGCUCCACCACACGAGCAGAAGCAGAUGCUGGGUGAACGUCUCUUCCCACUGAUCCAUGGCAUGUACCCAACCCUGGCCGGCAAGAUCACGGGCAUGUUGUUGGAGAUCGACAACUCGGAGUUGCUGCACAUGCUCGAGUCCCCAGAAUCGCUGCGUGCCAAGGUGGAGGAGGCUGUGGCUGUGCUGCAGGCUCACCAGGCCAAGGAGGCUGCUCAGAAGGCAGCUGUUGGGGCCAUGUAGGCUACUCCAGCCACAGAAGCCAGCAGCCGUCUUCACCACAGCCACCCCAAGCCUCCACGUUAUGGCCCACCCCGACGCUGGCAGCUACACGCUGCUAGCAGCGGAACAAGUUUCCCGUGACCCAGUGGUUGCCCUCGAAGUAAUUAUUUUUGUCCCUUGUUUUGUACUCUGUACGCUUUCUCAACUGCAAUGAUCUACAUCUCUCGGCUGGGGAAAAGCUCACCAGGCAAUGGAGCCUCUGGCUUCGUUUGGCCCUUGUUUCUGUAUUUGGGUUCAGUUUUAAUAAACAGUUUGUUCAAGUGCAA